ACUGUUCUCCCUUGUUAAUGAUUCCCGGCCAGGGAGAGAUAGGAGAUACAGAGGGUGCCGGUGCCACCUUGGCCUUGCUCCAGUGAGUAUGGUGGGGAAUAGUUUGAUACAGGAGGGAGGUGGGGUAGAGACUAGAGGGGUGGAGUAGGCAGGAGCUGUGGAGGGGGCUGAGCCAGGCUAAAUAAAAGAGAAAGAGUCCAAGACAAAACACUGUGUACUUGUUCUUGUGGUGGGACCGUGGGGAUCUUUGAAGGAACCCUAAGGACUACGACCUGAGGAAACAAACAUCAUCUAAUUGGUGAAAAAGAGAGCAGCUCAGGGGGGGACUGAGAGUGUAUUGGACAGGGAGGGAUGACACUGGCUGAGUGAAAACAAUGGCACAUUCCUGAAGCAUGAGGAGGAUUGGAUAGGACAAGGAGGGAGAGACACGUGCCGCAAGGACAUAGCUUGCUAAGUGGUGCUAACCAAGCACAAUUACUGCUGGACAACACUGGAACACUAACUUAAUCUCUUCUGGGUGGGGAGGGAAUGAUAUACUCCCUGUGGUUGUCACAGUCGUCACUUCUACAAUAACAUGGACACCUUCUUCUAGGAGAGCUGUUUGACUCUUUUGUUAACACAAUCCAGGUUGACAGUGGUUCCUCUGGAUGUUCAACGCUCACCAGAUUGAGUUCAGUUAAGCAUCGUGGAAGGACUUGUGCCCUGGGAACCAAUGCUGAGGUGAGGGUGAGAGGAGCCGAGCUACUGUACAACUGCCUCCUCGAUACUCUUUAUCUGCAUUCAGCAACAACGUGUGGAGGAACUUUUCUAAACAUUUACAGUGUUUAGUGGUGAAGAGGACCAGUUUAAUCAGUUGAACAUUUAGUGUUGCUGGACUCUCCUAUCUCCUGUUAAAUCAUUAUCUUAGGAAUCUAAAGAGGGGAACUUAGCCGCCAAGAAUAAAGAUGGGAUUUUACUUUCCAAAGUUCAACAUCACGUAAUACAUUUUGAUAUGGCUCAUGUUCCCAUGGUUGUUCAAUUCAUUGGAAUGUUUGCUCCAUUGCAUGCCUGAGUGAUUGUGAGUUUGGGAUAUGUCAGGUAUGUCACAAUGCUUCUUCUUGUAGGAUGACAUUCUUUCCAUUGGAAUGCUAAUUCAUCUGAUUAGGUCACAUAGCUGUGCUCAAGGACCAUUGUUGAGCAUCAACAAGGAAUGUCUCUGCCUCCUCAUUUCUUGAGUCAUCAGACCAAGGAGCCUUAUCUGUUUACCUGAAGAAAGAAAAGGAGGAGGGAAGAGGAGGAGGGAGGGGGAGAAGAAACAGAACCCAAAGCAACAGACAGGAGAGAGGUAGAUAGGGGUGGGCCGCUUGGGAAAGAACGCGCUGGUCUCUGCAGCGCCGAGACAUUUGAGUCCUCUCAUAAUCCCCCAUCAAACAGCCGGACUGGCUGGAGAGGAGAGAGGGGGAGAAAAGUGGUGAAAAGAGAGAGUGAUUUGGACGGGGACAAAAUAAGUGUGAAGAGAACAGAGAAGAUGCCGGAGAACAAGGCGACAGUGUGCAGGACCAGCAGCUACCUGUCCCAUCCUGCUUACAGGAAGAUCAAGCGGGUGCUGAGCUUCAGGAGGCGCGUGUUUGGCCAGCGGUUGGAGGAGACGGUUCUGUAUGAGCGGCGUUACGGCGUCCAUAUGGCACCUCUGGUGGUGGAGCAGUGUGUGGACUUCAUCCGGGAGCGGGGUCUUCUGGAGGUGGGGCUGUUCCGCCAGCCAGGCCAGGCCACGCUGGUCAAAGAGUUGCAGGACGCCUUCGAUGCUGGGGAGAAGCCCUCCUUUGACAGCAGUACAGACGUGCACACCGUGGCGUCGCUCCUGAAGCUUUAUCUGCGGGAGCUGCCAGAGCCACUGGUGCCCUUCUCCAGAUACCAGGACUUCCUGUUGUGUGGCAAGAACAUCUCCUCUGAGAGGAAGCAGGGUUUGACAGCACUACAGCAUCUUCUUCAUGAACUUCCAGUGGCUAACUUUAACCUGCUAAAUUACAUCUGCCAGUUUUUGAACGAAGUCCAGUCCUAUUCCAGCAGCAACAAGAUGAGCACCCAGAACCUGGCUACUGUUUUCGGGCCUAACAUCCUACGACCCAAAGCUGAAGAUCCAGAGAGUAUCAUUGGAGGGGCAGCCGUGGUGCAGCAGCUCAUGUCUGAGCUGAUCAGGGAGCACCAGUGCCUUUUCUCCAGGGAGGGGGGAAACGUAGACGCCCCCGGUUCCUCACGACCAGAUUCUUACCCCUGUCAUAGAUGGAAAGGAGACCCAUUUGAGGGGGCGCACACCCAGCCCACUGCCCAGGCCCAGUCACAUGACUCCAGGCUGGGCAUAACAGCCGAGCACCUCCCACAACAACAGCUAGCCCACCAUCCUUCCCCUUGCUCCCGCCAGCUCUCCCUGCCUCUGAUUGCUGAGAGGAGAGGGUCAGCCCAAAAGCCCGUGUGAAAU